AUGCUAGGCUGCGGCAAAGCUGCUUUCCACGGAUUCCGCCAUAGUCCAGAUACUGAGAAUACUGAGAAUUCGGAGCGAUCGCUUACUUCAAAUUUCUCUGAAGCCAAUAUUGGAGCUGCCAACAAAAGUGGAUUCUUCUCACAAGAUACCCUUACCGCUGCAGGAAUCUGUCAAUUGCUGUUCUACAGGGAUGUGCGCGGAAGUUCUUCAGAUGCUGAAGUGGAGCGGAUAAUGUUCUGCACCUGAAAUGAUG